UCGAUAGAAAGCGACGUUGAACAAAAGAAGAUUUUUUGCCAUUAAUGAGUCAAUUAUUGAAUUGUGCAAGAAAGUGUGUUUAUUUUUAGUCUCUUGAAACUCAUGGUGCUAUCGAUGCAAGAUGUCUGGUUACGCGGAAAACCCUCAGGGAGCUCCACAGCAACCACCGCUGUCACGUAUUAUUACCAGAAAAUCCUUGUCGAUUAUUAAAUAUCUAAUUCUGCUGUUAAUGGUCAUGUGUCUGAUUCUGGAGAUAAUCGCAAUUGUUCUCGGUGCCAGCACAGGCAAUGUUUUUGCGGAAUUUCAACUAUUUUUGGAUAACCAAUUCCACGCGUUGGCAACAUUUAUUGUUGUUCUUGGAAUCUUCAUGUUGCUUGUUGUGCUGUGCGGAUGUAUUGGAAUAAUGCUGGAAAAUAUGUCCGCUGUCGGGAUAUUCAUCGUUGUUUAUUCUAUGAUGAUCGUGCUAGAAAUCAUCAUAGUAAUUUCCACCUACUCGCUAAUUCGGAACACAUACCGCUUGUUGGAAGUGCGUAUGAAGAGUGUAUUUCUGGAUUUUUACCGCGAUCGAAAUUCACACCGCUCGGUUAACCAUAUGCAACAAAGGCUACAAUGCUGCGGACUUGAGAAUUACUCUGAUUGGUACAACUGGCCACAUCAUGAUGACUCCCAGAGCACGGUUCCAAUGUCCUGCUUCGCCUCACCUCAGUUUGAAGUCCCGUUCGAAGUGGGCUGUUUAAACCGCAUGAAUGAACUCAUUGGGUAUCUGCUCAAUGUCUUAGCCUCCGGCACAAUAGUUGCUAUCAUUUUUCAGGUGAUAUGUGUUGUUAGUGCGGUCGUUUUCACGAUCCAACUUCGCAACUAUCGGAAACACGAAGCAAUCCGUGUUGCCGCCAGUGCUAAUACACCACCCAUAUUUCGGUUGGAUCCCAUCCCAGAAGAAAAAACUCCUAUUUAAGGUUUUGGUUACAAUAAAUGCGAUUUUUUCGAGAAAGAAAAAUUAUUACAGUUGGUCUUUUUUAUGCCGUCUCAUCAUUUACACACAAAACUGUUCCAUUCUUUUCAGCGAAGCAAAGUCAAAG